CAUACUUUGCUAAGUUACUCUUUACGCACUGGUUAAUCAAGAUUUAUUUUUGGCAACCAGUUUCGUGAAUCGGAUGUUGGUUUCUUAGAUUCUUGAACAGCACGUCGAAGAAUGAGUUUUGGUAUAAAAGACGCCUGUGGGUUGUUGGAAGGUCAGAACACACCAGUACUCGAAUCAGUAUCCACUUGUCCUUCUGCGACUAAAUCCCAAGAAAUCAACAAUCAUGAAGUGCAUCGCUGUAGUCAUGAUGGCCUUUGCCGUUGUUGCUUCGGGAGCAGGAGUCAGCUACUCAGUUCCGUUGGCCUACUCCGCUACCGUCGUUCAGCAGAACGUGGUUCCCAAGGUUGCUUAUGCUGCUGCUCCGGUUGCUUGGGGUGCUUCUCCUGUGACAUACGCUGCCGCUCCGGUUGCGUAUGCUGCCGCCCCAGUCACAUAUGCUGCUGCCCCAGUUACGUAUGCUGCCGCCCCAAGCACCACCGUUGUCCAGGCUAACGUUGUGCCGAAGUAUGCUGCCCCGGUAGCCUAUGCUGCCGCUCCUGCACUGACCUACAGCUCCAUCGAUUCGACUGUCGUCGAAGCCGCUCCAGCUGUCGUGGCCCAACCGGCUGCCGUGGUUGCCCAGCCUGCCGUCGCUGUUGUGGCCCAACCGGAAGCCCGCUACCUGGCUGCCAACCCUGGAUCGGUUCAUGAAGCUCCCCUUCCCGGACACACCGUUUCCCAGCAGUCACUGAAUCUGGAAACUGCCGCCGGAACCGUCUAAAUCUGGUCGAACGUAAAAUGAGUGUGAUAACCCCUCCUCCUCCAAUCUGCGAAAUACUGCCCACUCUUAUUGUAUGUGACUGUGCGCGUCUGGAUGGCGAUCAAUGUGAAUAAAUGUAGUUUGUUUGUAAUUUUAUUAACUUG